UGUUGAGCUCCGAGCUGUGCGGACAACACGCCGUACUGGACAUUUACACACAUAUUCUGCAUCACAAGCAUAUGGAUACAAUAUAGUUUUGCUGAUGGUCUACUAAGAGGGAGAAUCCAGAGCCGAGUCGUUUGUCUUGAACUCCUGUAAUACAUUUCAUCUGUUGUUAUCACCACCUUCAUCAAGAUCUGCAGUGGAACAGUCCCACGACUGAAGGCUCCUGUUUUGUUCGCAGCCAUGCCCUGCGUCCAGGCUCAGUAUGGCUCAUCCCCGCAGGGCGCCAGUCCUGCAUCUCAGAGCUACAGUUACCACACCAGCGGUGAAUACAGCUGCGAUUUCCUCACACCAGAGUUUGUGAAGUUCAGCAUGGACUUAACCAAUACCGAGAUCACCGCCGCCACCACCUCUCUGCCCAGCUUCAGCACCUUCAUGGACAACUACAACACCAGUUAUGACGUGAAGCCGCCCUGUCUUUACCAGGUGCCCCAUUCUGGAGAACAGUCCUCUAUCAAGGUGGAGGAAGUCCAGAUGCACACAUACCAUCAGCAGAGCCAUUUGGGCCCGCAGUCAGAGGAGAUGAUGGCCCACUCCGGGCCUAUGUACUUCAAACCGUCAUCACCUCACGCUCCGGGAACGGCGAACUUCCAGGUUCAGCCCAAUCACAUGUGGGAGGACCCGGGCUCCUUGCACUCUUUUCAUCAGAACUAUAUGACCUCGCACAUGAUAGAUCAGCGCAAGAACCCCGUGUCCAGGCUCUCCCUCUUCUCGUUCAAGCAGUCUCCACCAGGAACACCUGUUUCAAGCUGUCAGAUGCGCUUUGACGGGCCUCUCCAUGUGUCCAUGGGACACGACGGUCCCGGAACGCACCGAGCCCUGGACAGCCAGAGUUUCGCAGUGCCCAGUGCUAUCAGGAAACAGGCGGGCAUCGCUUUCACACACUCCCUACAGCUCAGUCACGGCCAUCAGCUGAUGGACAGUCAGGUGCCGUCACCUCCGUCUAGAGGAUCACCGUCCACCGAGGGUUUGUGCGCGGUGUGUGGGGACAACGCGGCGUGUCAGCACUAUGGAGUGCGAACGUGUGAAGGGUGUAAAGGCUUCUUCAAGCGUACAGUACAGAAGAACGCCAAAUAUGUCUGUUUAGCCAACAAAAACUGUCCUGUGGAUAAGCGCCGGAGAAACAGAUGUCAGUAUUGCCGAUUUCAGAAGUGCCUGGUGGUCGGGAUGGUAAAAGAAGUUGUCCGAACCGCCAGCUUAAAGGGUCGGCGAGGCCGUUUACCCUCCAAACCCAAAAGUCCGCAGGAGUCUUCGCCCCCCUCUCCGCCCGUCAGUCUGAUCAGCGCCCUGGUCAGGGCUCAUGUGGACUCCAACCCUUCUAUGAGCAGCCUCGACUACACCAGAUUCCAAGCCAACCCGGACUACCAACUGAGCGGAGAUGACACACAGCACAUCCAGCAGUUCUACGACCUCCUCACCGGAUCCAUGGAGAUCAUCCGCGGAUGGGCAGAAAAGAUUCCCGGGUUCACCGACCUGCCGAAACCGGAUCAGGACUUGCUGUUCGAGUCCGCCUUCCUGGAGCUUUUCGUGCUGCGCCUGGCGUACAGGUCCAACCCGAUGGAAGGCAAACUCAUCUUCUGUAACGGGGCGGUGUUGCACAGACUGCAGUGCGUGCGUGGAUUUGGCGAGUGGAUUGACUCUAUAGUGGAGUUCUCGUCUAAUCUUCAGAACAUGAAUUUAGACAUGUCUGCUUUCUCAUGCAUCGCCGCCUUAGCUAUGGUCACAGAGAGACACGGACUUAAAGAACCCAAGAGAGUUGAGGACCUUCAAAACAAGAUAGUAAACUGUCUGAAAGAUCAAGUCACCUUCAAUGGAGGCGGCUUGAAUCGUCCGAACUAUUUGUCCAAACUGUUGGGGAAACUACCUGAACUGCGCACACUGUGCACACAGGGUCUGCAGCGCAUCUUCUACCUAAAACUAGAAGAUCUGGUCCCACCACCAGCAAUAAUCGACAAACUGUUUCUUGACACUCUGCCCUUUUAAACGGAAAGAGAGAGAGAAGGGGAAAAACUAUUUCAAACAACCUCAGAGAACUUCCACAGACUCCCAAAAAAAAAAAAAAAAAAAAAAAAAA